UACCCACAGGGAGAGAUGUCCCCUGAGAAUAGAGGAUAUUUCUGUAACUUCUGUCAUUUUCUAUUUUUAAAGACAAGUCCAGAACUCUUCUCAGAAGAGGAGUUUCUGCCUCUGGACCCAACCCAGGAGCUGAUAUUUCCUCCAGAGCUAAUGACAAUGGCUGAGAAACAGCCACCCAAGACCAGAGUGUUCAGUGGCGAGAGAAUGACGUGGAUUUCCCCAGUGACUCUGAAGGAACUCAUGGAAGUUAAAUUCAAGUAUCCCCAGGCCCCCAUCGUGAUGGGGAACACCUCUGUGGGGCCAGAAGUAAAGUUUAAAGGUGUCUUCCACCCCGUCGUAAUUUCUCCUGACAGAAUUGAAGAGAUGUGUGUUGUGAGCCAGGCCGGUGACGGUGAGUUCUUACUGUUGAAAUUAGGAGCGGCAGGGCUGCGUCCCUGGCACCCAGCCGCCCGCAUGGCUAGCUUAUGCCCGAAAUAAUUACACGGAAACUGU